CGUCCCCCAGACUCUUCCGCCGCUCCCGGCCCCGCUCCGCCCACAGUCCGAUGGCGGCGGCCUUGAAGUACCCGCCUUAGGUAAACGCUCGUUCCCCGGGCCCUCACACCCCUCACUCCACCGGACAUUAAAGCCCCGAGUGCGGGGCGCCUGCUCACAUGCCCGCAGCCCAGGCCACGGUGCACAGGACAGUGAAGCGGUCGUGGGUGGGGCCCUGUUUAUGACAGCGUGAUGGCACGUGGGAGAGGUCACAGGCAGAGGUACCCGCAGAUGCGAAGGCUUGGAAAUCGGCCUGAGGCGGGAGGAUUCAGGAAACCUAGGGUCAGCUUUCUGCUUACAGGGAACAGUGUUAGUGGAGUUAGACCUGGUGUAACCGACCCAGGAUUGUACUUUAUUGUGAGGAUUCUAAAGGCCAUGGGGUGUUUCGAAUAAAGGAAGAUAGUAUCUCCCGUCAGAGGUUAGAGCAUUCCCAAGAGCCGUUUAAAGGAAGAACAGGGUGGAGAGGGUUGAUAAGGACAUUGAGGUCCUAAGAGGUUGAAUCUUUGUUCAGGGUCCCACAGCUGGUAAGAGGCAACACUAAGCAUUGAGGCCCUGAAGUUAGUCAGCCAGCCUGAGGUCACCUGGCUCCAAGGCCAGGCAGGAGAACAUACAGUGAGCCCCUCAAAUCCCACCAUGGACGCAUUCCUUUAGGACCUGCCUCUUCACUCAGGUUCUCACGGUUAGAGAAGUGCCUAUGGAACCUGCACAGGGAAGUAGAGGGUGUCCCAUUGCCUCACCAGCCCUGCUUUCACCCCUAUGUUCCCUGGAAUUGUGGUGUCCUGAGAUGCUUGAUGCCAUUUCUCCCCCUCCUUGAGUCUGGGGAUGCAGAAAAACUCCAAGCCCAGUGUCCCAAGUCCAUGCUACAAUUAUAUGGAGGCGUUCCCAUUUCUGGCAACCAUUGUAAACAGGUGUGUAUGGCUAACCCAAGAAAUGGUACCAGGAUGUGCAAAUGCUUAGAGGUAAAAUUGAGCUCAGGAAUAUUCAGGAACCACAGGUAUCCUCUCUUUACAGGUAGGAAUAAAUAGUAGGUGGUUUGGAGUCAGGAGGGGAACAACUGCCUGAGAUGUCAGGUGUGCGUUCUAGAGGUUUGGCUCACGGUAGGGAGGGAUGUGACCAAGGCCUUAACAGGUUUCAUUUGGGUUUAGAAUGGAAAACAGACUGUGGGCUUGAGAGAGGAAGGAGCAUCAUUGUGGAGGCUACUAUCAUAGUCCAGGUGAGGGUUAAUGGAGCAGGGGCGUGCCUUAGGAAAUGUGGUUGUAUUCUGGCUGCAUGUUUUUAAAGGGGACAGCUAGAUUUCUAACAUGUGUGGUGAGGGAGUGAAACGCAGGGAUCAAUGAUGACCCCUGGCUUUGCAGCUGUAGGGUUGGAAGCUGCAUCAGUUGAGAUGAGCAAGUUGGUAGUAGGUGUAAUAUUCACUGGGUUUAGCAGGAGCUUUUUUUGGACCAUGUUAAGAGUCUGAGAUAUUUCAGACACCACUGAAUAAAGGCAUCAAAUGAACAUCUAACAUACAGGUUUGGAAUUCUUGGGAGUGGUUCAGGUUAGAGACAUCCAAAAUGUAACUAGAGUGUGGACCAAGGUGAAUGACCUGUGGCUCACAUUAGGAGAGGCAAGCUUCGGGUUGUGGUGGCAAAGCUUUUAGGGGGAGAGGUGUGGAGGGUGGGGUCAGAGGAUUGGGUCUCAUGCUUGUGUACCUGGGUGAUGGUGUCAGCCUUCAUAAAUGUAGGUAAAUGGCCAUGAAGAUUUGGUGUAUGAGACAAGAAAUUCUGACAGGUGGCCAGGGCUUCCAAGAGAAGAGUGGACAUGAGAUGGAUGUAGAAGCAAGGGGUAAUUCAUGCAUAUGACACUCAGGCCAGAUCUGGUGCUUAUUCACCACUAUAUAGGCUCACCAACAUUUGUGAGGACUUUGGUAGGGCCUGGGGUGCUUCAUUCAACCUGGUAUACAUGGCCAUGAGCAAAUAAGGUCAUCUGUGAGAAUCACUAGGCUUGGGGAGGGUGAGUAAUGGGGCUGGAGUAUGAAUGAAGGUAAGGGAGCAGAGAAGUGUUGUCAUUGCCGAGGGACAGGAAGGGCAGCACAGAAGUAGCAUGGGACUAUGAGUAUCUGAGAUCCACACGUGGUUCUAUUCCUUAAAUUUGAGGCAAGGAUCAGAGUCAUGCAGUAAGGCAUUUAUAGAUGAUUUCUGAUGCUGCCAUUGGGAAUUGUGGGAGGUCUGUGGUCAUAUUGGGUCCUGUUUGACUUUACCAGUUGUACUGUGGAUGCUGUCUGCCGAGUUGUGGUGUAAGGCCUAAACCCAAUAUGAUGUGCUUCCUUCACGCUUGGUGAAACCUGGGUGCCCUCAAAUGGCCUGAGUGCAAGUUCCUCUCCCCACAGUGUUCCUUCAGAUAACGUCUCCUAACUUAACAACCAUUUUUACAAAGCAAACCAGGAGCUUCUUUGUAUCAGGUAUCAGUUCCCUACCAGCACUCAGAAUUGUUCAGAUAAGACAAUCACAUCCUCCUUGGAACAUCCCAACCCCUUCAUCCUAGAAAGGUUCCAUCCCACAGCCCCUGUGUGUGUUGUUUUUGCCCAUGUACUCCUUUGUGGUGAGUGGUGUCCUAUUCUCAGAGGUGUGAAUUUAUGUGAUUAAGAAACUGCUGUCAGUCUCAUCGGUCCAGUCUCAGGUGUCAUGUGUUAGGCCACCAUCAUAGCCCUGUGGUGGGGUUAGGAGGAACUGAUUUAAAUACAAGUAACAUGGGGAGGGGAGGGAGAUGACUAUGGUGUGGGAGAGUGAGGUGUUGGUGGCCAUGGUCAUGUGUGGCUGUGGGAUACUGAGACUGAGGGAUGUACAGUUUAAGGAGUGAUGUGUGCUUGAAGAGGGAACAUGUCUGAUGGUUCCAGGGCACUGCAUUGAUAAUUUCAGGAUGAUGGCCACACCAGGGGAAUUGCUUGUCAGGAGGGGGUGGAUCCCUUUAUGCCAGGCCUAUAGCUGAGCUAUAUGUUCAUGCACCUGCCUCUUCUUCUGGUUGUUGUACCUAGUGAUCAGUGGGCUCGUGGGGAGAAAACCACACCAUGGUCACAGGGCCUGAUUGAUCCUCUGAUUUGGGAAGCUUGGGUGAUGGAUAGUCAUAGGGUAGAUGUGUGGGGAAAUAGAUUGUGACUUCUCAGAAGUGGACUGUUUGUGGUUUUAUCUGUCACCAUCAUGGCAGGUCAGUGUGAACUUUGAAGAUGUAGCUGUGACCUUUUCUUGGGAGGAAUGGGGUCUCCUUGAUGAGGCUCAAAGAUACUUGUACCAUGAUGUGAUGCUGGAGAACUUGGCACUUAUAACCUCCCUGGGUUGUUGCCAUGAAGUGGAGAAUGAGAAGGCUUCUUUUGAGCAGCGUACUUCUAUUCAAAGAGUGUCACAGAUCAGGAGUCCCAAGGCAAAUCUGUCCUUCAAAAAGGCCCACCCUUGUGAAAUAUGUGUCCAGAUAUUGAGAGACUUUUUGUACUUGAAUGAAUAUCAAGGAACACAUUCAAAGCAGAAAUUACAUAGGUGUGAAACAUGUGGGAAACAAUUGUAUGUAAGCAUAAACCUUCAUCAGCAUCAGAAGCAGUGCAUCGGGGAGAAACCCUUCAGAAGAGAUGUGGACAGAGCCUCAUUUGUGAAGAACUGCAAGUACCAUGUGUCAGGGAAGCCAUUAGUCUUCAGGGUGUUUGGGAAGGACUUCUUGGCCAGCUCUCAGUUUCUCCAGCAAUGGGCUACUCACACUGAGAGGUCGAACAGCAGAGCUGAGUGUGGGAUGACCUUUCAGAGGGGAAAAACUUAUCAUAACUGGAAAGAAUGCACAAAAGCUUUCAGCCCCAAACACACACUUGUUCAGCACCAGAGACUCCUCACUAGAGAAAGAUGUUUUAUGUGUAAUCAGUGUGAGAGAAGCUGUAACGUCAGUCAGCAUCAGAAAUCCAACCUCAUUGAACACCAGAGAAGUAACACUAGAGAUAGGCCUUAUGAAUGUACAGAAUAUGGGAAAUCAUUUACUAAGUGCUCCAACCUCAUUGAACACCAGAGAUAUAACACUAGAGAUAGGCCUUAUGAAUGUACAUAAUGUGGGAAAUCAUUUACUCAGUGCUCCAACCUCUUUACACACAAGAGAGUUCACAUGAAACGAAAGCCAUAUGAAUGUGAUGAAUAUACAAAAUCGUUUAGCCAAAGCUCUACCCUCCUUCAACAUCGGAGAAUUCACACUAGGGAAAGGCCUUAUGAGUGCAAUGAAUGUGGUAGAACUUUUACACAAAACUCUGUGCUCCUUCAGCAUCAGAGAUUUCACACUGGAUCAAGACCUUAUGAAUGCACUGAAUGUGGAAAAUCCUUUGCUGUAAACUCCAGACUCAUUAAACAUAGGAGAGUUCAUACUGGAGAAAGGCCUUAUAAAUGCAGUGAAUGUGGAAAAACAUUUUGCCAAAGCUCUUCAUUCCUCCGACAUCAGAGAGUUCACACUGGAGAAAGGCCUUAUGAGUGUGGGGAGUGUGGAAAAUCAUUUAGGCAAAAGCCCAACCUUAUUCAACAUUGGAGAGUCCAUACUAGAGAAAGACCUUAUAAGUGUGGGAAAUGUGGGAAAUUACUUAGCAACAAGUCCCAUCUCAUUGAACACCAGAGAGUUCACACUGGUGAAAGGCCAUAUGAGUGUGGGGAAUGUAGGAAAUUCUUUAGCAAGAAAUCCCACUUCAUUAUACAUCAGAGAGUUCACACAAGGGAAAGGCCAUAUAAAUGCAACGAAUGCGGGAAAUCAUUUAGCCAAAACUCUGCACUCCUUCAACAUCAGAGAAUUCACACUGGAGAAAGGCCUUAUGAGUGCAGCAAAUGUGGGAAAACUUUUAAUCAGCUCUUUGUCAACCAGAGACUUCACACUGGUUCAAGGCCUUAUGAGUGCACUGAAUGUGGAAAAUCCUUUGCUGAUAAUUCAGCCUUCAUUAAACACAGGAGAAUUCACACUGGAGAAAGGCCUUAUGAGUGCAGUGAGUGUGGGAAAGCAUUUGCCCAAAGUUCUUCAGUCCUUCGACAUCAGAGAGUUCACUGGAGAAAACUCAUAAAAGUAAAGAAAAUUUGGGAAGUUGGUUAGCCCAAGCUCUGUUUUUCAACAUCAGAGAACUCACACUGGAUCAAAGCCAUAUAAGUGCUGUGAAUGUGGGAAAUCCUUUGCUAAAAACUCCAGGUUCAUUAAACACAGGAGUGUCCACACUGCAGAAAGUCCGUAUGUUGUAGGAAAUGUUGGAAAUCCUUUACCUAAAACUACAGUCUCAUAGAACACAUAAUGUUCACAUUGGUUAAUGGGCUUACGGAUGUGAUAAGUGUGGGAAACCUUUAGCCAAACUAGCCUCAUUUCACACUGGAGAGUUCACAGCCUUCAGUCUUAUUUCAUCGGAUACCACAAAGUUCACUUCAGAAAAAGAGUAGUUGUGCAGGGAUGGAUUGUUCAAUAUAACACUGGGGAGAUCCCUUAUGAGGGUGCUAUCUGCCAAUACACCCAAUAAACCACUUAAAUUCCAGGUUUAUGGGAGCUUCAGUGCAUUUCUUAACCUGCCCAGGCACUUACCAGGUUUACAUCAUUGCCAGUUCCAUAGCAAAAGCCAUUUCACCACUACUAUGUGGCAGGUGCUCAUGAUGUGCAUCAUUGAACCACCCCACCGAGUCCAGGGAAGGAAACCUUGAUGUUGUCUUGUUUGUGGGAGUCUUUAUAAUCCUGAGCACUCAUUCCUUUCUAAUUUGUUUGAUGGGUUACCUCACUGAUCUGACCAAUUUUUGGCCUAGAGGACUCUGCUGGUGACUUGCAACCGGGACUACUUUUUUCAGGGAUGUUUUUAGUCUCACGUGACUGCUGUGAUGGGAUUUUCCUGUGCUUCAUGUCUCCAAUCCAGGAAUAGCCUUCUUCCCAUUGUACUGGUUGGUGUGAAAAUGGAGGCCUUACUGUUUAAGCUCCUUUAAUCUCGGGAUUCUGUACACUGUGGUGAUUUGAAAACAACUUGAGUUGUGACAACAGGGCUGAAGAGCUUUCUUGUGGGAUCCCAAAUUCUGUGUACCUCAGAGGGAACAAUAUGAUGUAGAGUAUACUUCUCUCUAGUUUUGUCCUAGUUGGCAUUGCUGCCCAAGGCCUCCAAGAAAAGACUGCAGGGAUGUGAUCCUUAUCUGUAACCUGGAUGCGUUGGUAUUUUGUUGGUUCAGAGGUCAGUCUGUAGAGGGGCUGUUGUGAUAACCUUUGGUGCUUCCUAAAGCAAGAAGAAACUGUCUUGUUCACAGGGAGUAUUGCAUUGUGUCCAGGUGGUAAAGGAAAUCUGUUUCCCAGGUCUUGUGUUGGAGCCAUGUACCCUCAUGUCCAGAAUUCCAGAUAGUGGCAGCAUAGGUUAUAUGAUUGUAUGGGCAGGGAAAUCAUUUGUUACAGGGACACUGGUUUUAUAGGGAGGGGAAUAGACUGCCACAAGAUUGUUGGAAUGUGUCUGUUUUGAACGGACCUCCACAAUGUUCCAGUCCCUAUAGCUAUGAAGGAUGAGCAGGUGCAGAAAUUCUCAUGGCCUCCAGAACUGUGUAUUUUGUGUAGGGAGGCUGUUGCGAGAGGAAAAAUUUAUAAAUGUUCUGUGGAUUCCUGUAGCAUGUGUGUGUGUUCACCUCAAAUCUCUUGCUGUGUAGGAAAAUGAGGAUAGUGAAGAUGAGUUGUGCCCUCUGUAACCCAGCCUGCAUUCCCAUUGAAUUUGGUGGAAAUUGCCUUGUUGCUUCUGAUAUUUGCCACCACUAAGGCAAGGUAUCCCACCCAGACAUGAGGAAAGAGUUGGUGGAAUCAGUAGAGGUUUGCCAAACUAAUUUUCCAGAAUUGUAGGAAAUCUAGCUUUCUGUUUUGAAUCAUAUUUUCAGAGCUUUAGUAAGGUAUAAGUGACAUACAACAAACUGAUUAUAUUUAAACUUAACAUUUUGACAAGUUUUGACAUUCAUGUAAAUCCAUAAAAGCACCACCACAAUCAUAAUAAUGAGCCUCUCCAUCAUCCUCUGUUUUACUUCAUGCCCUUUAAUAAUGUCUCCUUCUGUACUAUCUCUGCUCUCCAGGCAAGCAUUUGUUUACUUUCCAUUAUAAUAGAUUAGCUUCCAUUUUAGAAUUGUAUAUGAUUCUACUCAUAAAGUGUUUACACUUUUUUUCCUUUGAGUAGCCUCAUGUGGCUUACUCAUUUUGAUAGUCAUCAAUGGUGCUUAAAUGAGUAGUUGGUCUUUUUUUUUGUAUUGCUUAGAAGUAUGACAGUUUGUGGGUGUACCACUAUUUGUUUAUUCUUUUGUCUUUUUAUGCAUAUUUGAGUUCUUUCCAGUUUCUGAUUGUUGCAAAUAAACCUGCUAAGAUAUUUGAAUUUAGUUCUUCGCAUACAUGUUUCAUUUAUCUUGUGUU